UUUUAUGACGUUGUAUGAGUCAUUCUGUGACGGAGGAAAACGUUUCUGACAGUGACAAUGAAAACAAAAUGAAAACACGCUAGUGCUCUAAUAGGAUCUAAAACAUGGGUUCCUUCCCGUCAAAGAGUAAAAAGAAAGAAGAGAAGCAAGGAAAGAAUCAAUCCCCGAAAAGUACGCCGGAAGAAGUUCGGCGCAAGGUACCCAGACGGACGGCCAGGAGAGCGUCGGCCGUGCCGGGGCUGGACACGAUUCGGGACGAUCCUGAUGAAGAAGACGCCGGUAGCUGGGUCUUCGGCGGCGGCUCAUCGGAGAGGGCGAACAUUAACAUCCCUGACGUCACGGAGGGGGCGGACGUCUCCGACUGGAGCAGAUCAUCAGAUCAUAGCAUCACACCGGACAUUCCUACAUCUAGAUCAUCAGAACAGGUCUAGGGAGGGAACCAGACAAAACUGUACCGUUCCAGUAUGACAGAACUGGAUAGGAACUGUUAGUUUGUGUGCACCUAUCUUAUUUUCUUGCCCAUGGUACACAGAAUCCAAAACUGAUGCGAUUUAUGGUUUAGACUAUGUAAAGAUCCGUCAGCAAAUAUCAGAAUGCUUUUUUAAACGGUACUAUAAUGCCACUGUCUAUCUUCAAUAUUGGUCAGCUGAGCUGAGAAGGAUACAACUUUUUACAUUUUUCGGUACGCGGUGGGAACAUUUGUCUCGAGCCAUUGUACACGUUGUGCCCCGUGCAAUUAUUAGACAUCAAUGAAUCAGUGUAUGUGAAUAUGAUGUAGUAGGAAGAGUUAAAAAGGAAACCUGAAAACGAACUGAUUGAGUGUUAAACACCUUUCUUUUGUCGGCAUCUUGUCGGCACAUGGACGUCUUGAAGACCAGUAAAUGUCAGUCAUCUACGCACA